AUGAACAACUCCCCGGAUUCCUUCUAUUCAAUCCGCUAUCAAAAUGCUUCUGUAAAAGCAUCUGCUGCUCCCUUACAGUCUAUGGAGUUCCGUGCACACAACACGUCGAUUAACGAAUAUUCCAAUGACAUCUUGUCACAUCUAUUCCUUAUCCAACAGAAAACAAAGCCAAACCUUGCAUUAAUACAACAACAGCCAGAAAUCAACUUAAAGAUGAGACCUUUACUUUUAGAUUUCUUGAUGGAUGUGAUCAAUAAGUUGCAACUUUCCAAAUCUACGUUCCCACUUUGUGUGAAUUUGAUUGACCGUUACUGUUCUACAAGAAUUGUCAAGAAACAGCACUAUCAGUUACUUGGUUUAACCCUGUUGUGGAUACUGUGCAAGAACUCAGAUUCCAAAAUCAAAAUUCCAAACUUAAACGACUUGUGCAAAAUGUGUUGCAACUGUUAUGACAAGAAAUUAUUCUUGGAGAUGGAAAAUCAUUUACUCAAGUCAUUGAACUGGAUGAUCAGUUUUCCUACUUUCGAUUCAUUUGUUGACAUUUGCUGCAAGGAGUACGCUCAAGAUGAAAUGUUUAAUGGACUGCAAUUCAGCUUGAAGCAAGUUAAGUACAUGGCAAUUUACAUUUGUGAAUUGAUUCAAUUCUACCCAAACCUUUAUUUCAACUAUUCACUGUCAGAAAUCUCUGUCAGUGCAUUCAUUUUAAGUUUGAUGAUCUUAAAUUUCAAGGGAGUGCAGCCAAUGACGGAAUUGAGCAAGCUCAACAGUAAAUUUAUUGACUCAGUGGAAGGUGGCAUGUUGGAAGAUCGUACGUUCAAUACAAUCCUUCAGCUGUUGGUUAAGGUCUUAAAAUGUCCACCACCAUCCCUUAAGUUGAAAUAUUUCAGCAAGCUGAACAGGCAACUCAAUUUGAUGCAAUUGUUGAUCAAAUUCUGUAACUUGAACUUGACCCCAGUAUCACUGAACCCAAUCACGCCAAAGAAUUCAAUUCAUAAAUUGAACCAGUUGCCACCUACUCCGCUUUCGUCUAACAUAUCACCAAAUGGCAGCAACCAUUCGCAUCCAAAUGCACCGGGAGUUUCUAGCGUGGAAUCUGGAUUCUUACCAAGCCCUAGACUCUCUCCGCAUAACAACAACAGCCAGUAUUUCAAUACAUCGCCGCCAUUUACUCCCUUGGACAUUAGAGCUAGUACUUCAAGCAAGGUGAGGUCGGAAUACAUAACGUCUAGUUCGUCUACGAUCCUUCCACCACCACCCCCAGCACCUCACCACCACAACUAUCAUCCACACCUUCAUACUACUCCAAUGCCUCAAGUUGCUACAUUUGCUGCGACCGUACCAGCUGGCUCACUCUCAGCUUCUGUCAUACAAAACUCUACGUUCCCUUCGAGAUCAUCAUCGGCCACCUCAAUCACCCUGUCAUCUUCUGUAGCUUCACUUCGCAAGAGAUCUUUCCAGAUUCUCAGCAUUGACACAGAUCACACUAUGGGUACUGACGUAGACGAUGAAAACUUGAAGAGGUCAAAAUCUCAAAAACCAAUCUUCUACAUUAACUAA